CCCCACCGUCACCGUCUGUCCUCCCGCAGGUCCUCGCCGUUGGAGCAUGGACCCCGCGGCCGCCCACAGCCGCCACCUCCUCCAGCAGCUGCAGGAGCAGCGCAUCCAGGGCCUGCUGUGUGACUGCAUGCUGGUGGUGAGGGGCGUCUGCUUCAAGGCCCACCGCAGUGUGCUGGCUGCCUUCAGCCACUACUUCAGGAGCCUCUUCCAGAGCUCAUCGGGCCCCAAGAACGACGUCUUCCACCUGGACAUGAACAGCGUGAGCGGCAUCGGGCAGCUGCUGGACUUCAUGUACACCUCGCGCCUGGAGCUGAACCGCGACAACGUGCAGGCCAUGCUGGGCGCGGCCCGGAGCCUGCAGGUGCAGCGCGCCCUCAGCCUGUGCCAGGCCUUCCUCUCCUCCGACGCGCCCUCCGGCCCGCCGCCCACCCAGCCGGCCCCCGAUGGCCUGGACUCGGGCUGCCCGGAGCCGCCUCCCCCGCGGCCCAGCUACUACCGCAAGCUCAGGAGCUUCUACAGCAGCGCGCAGCGGCCCCGGCCGGCCUCGGGUCCCUGCCCCGGGAGGCUGGCACCGGCGGGGCAGCCGGGCACCGUGGACGGCCCCCAGCCCGCAGGUGAUCCCAGCCCGGCCCCCGCCCCCGAUGGCCCCGGCCCGCCGCCCGCCAGGCCGAUGAGGCUCAAGAAGGCCGUGCACCUGAAGAAGCUCAAUUUCCUCAAGGCCCAGACACCCGCCGAGCGGAUGCCCGUGCCCCCCGCAGGUGCCCCUCCAACGGAGGGCACGGAGCCUGCCGCCGGGGACGACGGCGCCCAGAAGGGCGGCCCCCAGGACUCGGGAGAGAACGAGAGUGGGGAAGCCGGCCACCCCCGGGACUCGGGCCACCUCCCCGAGACGGUCAGGCCGGAGGACGCCGAGACCCCCGGAGACCAGGCCCCGAUCCCCCCGGCGCAGCGACAGUACGCGUGCGAGCUGUGCGGGAAGCCCUUCAAGCACCCCAGCAACCUGGAGCUCCACAGGCGGUCUCACACAGGUGAGAAACCUUUUGAAUGUAACGUUUGUGGCAAACGUUUCUCUCAGGCCGGGAAUCUGCAGACCCACCUGCGCCGCCACUCUGGCGACAAGCCCUACAUCUGCGAGGUCUGUGGCAAGAGGUUUGCAGCCUCCGGUGACGUCCAGAGACACAUCGUAAUCCACUCGGGGGAGAAGCCACACCUGUGCGACAUCUGCGGCCGAGGCUUCAGCAACUUCAGCAACUUGAAGGAGCACAAGAAGACGCACACAGCCGACAAGGUCUUCACGUGCGAUGAGUGCGGCAAGUCCUUCAACAUGCAGCGCAAGCUCGCCAAACACCGUGUGCGGCACACGGGGGAGCGGCCCUACAGCUGCGCGGCCUGCGGGAAGUGCUUCGGGGGCUCAGGGGACCUGCGGCGCCACGAGCGCACCCACACCGGGGAGAAGCCCUACGCCUGCCAGGUGUGCGGCCGCUGCUUCAGCCGCUCGGCCGUGCUGCGCCGACACCGCAGGCUCCACUGCUCGGCCGGCGACGGCGACCGGGGCCCCGACGCGCUUGACGAGCUGGCCCAGGCCAUCGAGGCCUCCGACCUGGACAGACCCCGCGGCCCUGACCCCUUCGCCCCGGACGCCGCCGUCACCCUGCUACCUGUGGCGGUCAGCCUCCCGGGACCCCGGCGGCCAGACCCCGCCGCCUUCCCCGGGGCCUCCCAGCCCUUGCAGGCCGACGGUGGGGCUCCGCUGGCCGCCCUGGACGGUCCCUGCGGUGCCCCCGAGGGUGACCGGACACCCGCCUCCACCCAGAGGCCCUCGGACGGCCAGUUCUUUUCCAGCAUGACGCUGUGGGGGCUGGCCAUGAAGACCCUGCAGAACGAGGGCGAGCUGGACCAGUGACCCCCGGCUGGCCCUGCCUUGCCCGGGGUGGGGGCCGUUCCCCCCAGAGCCCUUGCCUCAGAUGCCCAAGGGAAGCACACACCUGUCCGCCCCACUGAUGGCUUAUUUUUGCAUUUUUACACGACUGGAGCCUUGUAGCACUUCGUUAUUUCUUGUCUCCGCAAAGGUUUCUGUCUCCGAAAACCCUCGGGGACUCGCCCUGAAUAAAUCAGAGCUGCCUUUCUGCA